UGUGAGGAUGCCCCGGUUAAGGAGAGCCUUUUCUAAGAGGCCCAGAACGAAGCCUGCGGCUAGCCGGCUGCGGAAGCCUUUGGGAGCGAAGCCAUCGCAGUCCUGCGCGGGGUUUGACGACGUCGCGUUGUAUUUCUCGGAAGAGGAAUGGUCUUAUUUACAGAACGAACAGAAGACGCUUUACCGGGAGGUCAUGAUGCAGAACUACCAAGCGCUGCGGUUUUUGGGUUAUUCACAAAGAAAACCAAAACUUAUAUUAAGCAUUGAACAAGGAGAAGACCUCUGGGUGUCUAACCUGGAACGCCAAGGGAAAAAAUCAAUCCCAUUCUCCUUGGACGGCCCCCGACGGACGGUGGAGGAAUUGGCCGGGUCGCUGUUUACGCCGCAUGGUUGGGCGGUGGAGGGCUUGAGCUUCCUGCGGGGCUGCGAAGCUGUACACGAGGUGCCCGAGCCUCCUGGAGAAGGAUGCCUCGUCGACACGCGUCGGUAUAACCUGCGCGACCGCGCGGCCGUAGAGUACUCCGUGUUUUAUGAGGACGGGGCGUCUGAAACAAGAGAACUCAAACCUCACAGGAAGCUGCAGCUUGGGAGAGCCGACAUGACCGGUUACAAAUAUAUUCGGAAAAAGGCCGCCGAGCCAUAUUCUUGUUCGGAAUGCGGGAAAAGUUUCUCUCAGAGAGGCUCCUUGGCGGCGCACCGCAAACUGCACACGGGGGGCGUCCCGCUGUCUGUCUGCACGCGCUGCGGGAAAUGCUUCACCCAGCGGUCUGGUCUCCUCAGACACGAGAGGACGCACGCGGUGAGGAGGCCGUUCCCCUGCGACGACUGCGGGAAGAGCUUCAGCGACGGCUCGACGCUGCUCAAGCACCAGAGGAUCCACACCGGCGAGAAGCCCUUCGAGUGCUCGGAAUGCGGUAAAGCGUUCAGCAUUAGUAACUAUCUGGUUGUGCAUCAGAGGACGCACACGGGGGAGAAGCCGUACGCCUGCCGAGAGUGCGGGAAGAGCUUCUCCCAGAGCUCGCAUCUGGUCACGCACCAGCGGACGCACACGGGCGAGAAGCCGUACGCCUGCAUCGAGUGCCGCAAGAGUUUCACGUCCAGUUCCCACCUCGUCACCCACCAAAGGACGCACACGGGCGAGCGGCCGUACCCCUGCCAGGAGUGCGGGAAGACGUUCAAGCACAGCACGCACCUCGUCCUGCACAAGCGCACUCACACGGGCGAGCGGCCCUACUCGUGCGAGAAGUGCCCGCGCACGUUCGCCCAGCGGCCGCAGCUUCUGAAGCACCGGGAGAGGUUCCAUCCCCAGGAAUGGGGAGACUAGCGCUGCACCUGUCUCAUUAAACGCGCCCCACGGCCGCGCGCUCU